AUUUUUCCAAAAAAAUCUUAUAUUAUUAUUAUCUAUUUAAAAUACAACUAUUUAAUAUAGAAAUGUUUCUGCUGUGACAAGAAUUUUAUGUUAGAAUGAAAUCACAUAAUUUAAAUGUUAUUGAAUUCUGAAAUAUUUUGAGGAUAAUAGAUACAAAUUUAUGAAAAUAUCGUCCAUUUAGCUGUACAUUAAUAUAUCAUCAAUAUGUCGGCGUUAGUAACGGCAGAUUGGUUUCAACUAGAUUCCUACUACAGGAAAUUUGACCUGUACAAUAUGGUGUGGGCCAUGGAUGAAGGCCUGGAGAAUAUGCUUGUGUGCGGGGCACCAUAUGGUGGUCCAAUUGCUAUGGUACGGGAUCGCAAGCAGUUUGUCCGUAUUGUGACAACAUCAAAACCAGUGAUAACAAUUUACAACUGUGUUGGCAAUAUUAUAUCUAAGAUUUUGUGGAAUAGUGGAGUUUUAGUACACAUGGGGUGGUCUGAUAGUGAACAGCUAUUGUGCGUACAGGAAAGUGGAGAUGUCCUCAUUUAUGAUAUGUUUGGGGCUUACCAGAAAUCUUUCAAUCUGGGACAAGAUGUCAGAGAUACAAAGGUUGCUAAAGCUCAACUAUUUUCUAACCCACAUGGCAUAGGGUUAGCUGUUAUCACAACUACAAACAGUAUGUUUGUUGUCAGCAAUGUGAAUGAACCUAAAGUGCGAAGUGUUCCAGAUAUACCAAGAGCUAAUGAACCAAUUAUAUCUUGGUGCGUUCUAAGCUCUUGGUUGAGAUCACCGGCUGUCCUUGCUUUCCUUGUGUGCAGGGACAGAGAAAUAUUCAAAUGUCAACUUGGAGAAACCAGAGCUGUGCUUAUGCGUCCAGAAAUAUCAAAUGCAUACACACAGAUACUGUCCAUAGUACCAUCGCAGAACGGUCGGCAUGUGGCUCUCUUCACAGAUUCAGGCUUCCUUUGGAUCGGCUCCUCUGACUUCAGAACGAAAUACUGCGAGAUUGAUACUGAAUAUAUCAAACAACCCAAGGAAUUAGUUUGGUGCGGUUCCCAAGCCCUUGUAGCGCAUUGGGAUGACACCAUGUGCAUAUACGGUUUCAACGGUAACUUUGUAACGUACCCUUACGACGGUCCAUUCCACAUUAUACUGGAAAUGGACUGCGUGAGGGUGAUCUCCGAGAUGACGCACGAGCUCAUACAAAAAGUACCAGUAGAAGUCGAGAAGAUAUUUAGCAUUAAUAGCACCGCACCAGGAUCGUACUUGGUCGAAGCGUCCAAACAGUUUCAGAAACGCAGUCACAGAGCUGAUGAAUACAUCCGACUGGUGAAGUCCGAUCUCCCUAAUGCAGUACAGAAUUGCAUCGACGCAGCGGCGUACGAGUUCAAUCCAGACAUACAAAAGAUGCUCAUCAGAGCGGCCCAGUUUGGAAAAGGUUUUAUUGUGGACCCAGUGCUGACAGAUCAUUAUGUAAAGACCUGCAGAUGGUUAAGGGUGUUGAAUGCCGUCAGGGACAUGAAGGUGGCCAUCCCACUGACUUAUAGACAAGCCGAACACCUGCGGGAGCGCGUGCUAUUGGACCGCCUCAUCUGGCGACGUCUACAUUGCCUCGCCGGACACGUCGCUUCCUACCUGCAGCUACACGACGGGCGGACUAGGGUGCUAUCUCACUGGGCCUGUUAUAAGGUGACGCAGCCUCAUACGGACAACGAGAGUGCAGCGCGCGAAAUUGGUGACAAACUGCGUAAUGUACCCGGUAUAUCCUACUCCACCAUCGCAAUGAAGGCCGCGGAGAAGGGACGGAAAUCUCUAGCAAUUAAAAUUCUGGAAUAUGAAACAUACAGCAAACUUCAAGUGCCACUCCUACUGACAUUAGGUGAAGGACCGCGGGCUCUGCAGAAAGCUACAGCCAGCGGAGAUACGGACUUAAUAUAUAUUGUUUUACUGCAUCUAAAAGAAAAAAUGGAGAAGCAUGAAUUCGAGUUGACAAUCCGCAACUUCCCUCUGGCGCAUGCGCUAUACAUUAAAUACUGUGCGAGUCACAACCGUGAGGCUUUACGCAAGGUUUACGUACAAGAGGAUGAUUUCGCCGGCCAAGCCGCCACUCACAUUCGCGACGCAGUCGAACAAACCAACCCGGGCAGCGCGGAGGCCUCACUUAUAUCCGCGAGAGAGUGUUACAAAAAGGGCAAGAAUGAUUUAGGUGCAUCGAUAUGUGAGGAUGCUCGUAAACUUUGCAAGCAGCAAUCUAGUCUUCAAGAGACCUACGGCACGAGCUUUGUUGGGCUAUCGGUACAUGAUACUGUCAAGAAAUUGCUUGAACAGGGUGAAGUGAAGCUAGCUGAUAAACUACGCUCUGAAUAUAAAAUGCCGGACAAGAGAUACUGGUGGCUGAGAAUACUCACAUUGGCAGAACUGAAUGACUGGGAUGAAUUGGAACGAUUUUCGAAAUCAAAGAAGUCCCCAAUCGGCUACGAACCUUUCGUCGAUGCCUGUCUCAAGUACAUGAAGAAUGAUGAAGCACUAAAGUAUUUGCCGAAAUGCCGAGAUGAUAUCAAAGUGAAAUACUAUGUGAAAGCAGAGUUCUAUGAAGAAGCAGCGCAAGUAGCCUUCGAACAAAAGGACAGAAGCGCCUUAAUCUUCGUUCAGAGCAAAUGUCCAUUACGAGAAUCGAUUAGACACGAAAAGAUAUCGAGUUUAUUAGAACAAUUAGCGACUAGAAAGUAAUGAUUCAUAUAAUUACGUAUAAUGAACCUUAUAAUCGUUUAUUAAUGCAAGAAACGUAAGCAUAUAACAUGUAUUCAUGAGAGUGCUGUUGUAUAUAAUGUAUAUUAUAUCUCUUAUAAUGGUUAAGUUGAGAUUCGAGUCUAAUACCAAGCUUUAUUGUGAUUAUGUAAUAAAUUUGGUUGUUAAGAUACCCAAAGAUACAGCACUUAUAUGCCUAAAGGUAACUUUAGUUAGCUCCUCACAAAUUAUACCGCUUGUUAAUAACAAGCGGUAUAAUUCUUGAACUUCACGGGUCAAAAUCUACCACCACCACCAGAUUUCACUACGUGAUAAAAUACCAGAUACCUGUUUAUAUUUUUCAGCUAUAAAAUUUCAAUUGUAAGAAAUAGGCUGUACUUUAAAUUUUGUAUAUUUAUUUAUAAUUUUUAUUGAGGGUUUUGGGCUAUUGUCAGGUGUUCAAGACCUGUAACAAUGCAUUGUGCUCACCCUUUUUCCAAAUUUGCUACCUAAACCUGUCAGGGACAAGAAGGAUAUUUUUAGGAAUUAUGGUGAUCUUGUAUAACUUUAUUUAUACUUUAUAAAUUAUUCAUUGAUUUGACAAACUUAUUAGAAAUUCGCAAUUCAUUUAUAUAGACUACAAUAAUGGAAUAUUUAACAUAUGUAACUUAUAUACCUAUCUAGUUAUAAAGACAAUAUAUUUAUAUUAUGAGAAAUAAAAUACAAAACUUGCUGUUGUAUUAUAUUUUAUUAUUGACACAGAAAUUGAUUACAUGAUAUCGACAUUUAAAGAAUUCGAAUACAUUAUUGUUCAAAUAUAAUUAUCGUAGAUUAUGUAUGUCAUAUUGCCUUUAUUCUUGAAAGAUUCAUAUGUCGAAAAAUUGUGUAUACCUAAGUAGCAUUUAGUGCUUAUGUCAAGUUACAAUUGUAUUUUCAUAUAAAAAGUAACUAUUCGAAUUCUUUACUGAAGAGUAUACAUACUUUUAAGUUAACAAUAAUAAAAUAAAAAUUCUGCGUUUAUUACAUACAAAAAAUUUUGAAAUGUGAAAAACAAAUUUAAUAUUUUAGCAAUUUAGAGAUUUAAGAAAGUCAAUUACACUUAAAACUCAAUUGCGGCAGGAUUUCACAAUUAUAAUCUGUUAAAAAAAAAAGAGAGAAUGAAAAGUUAAAGAAAUCUGAAUUAAUAUAAACUAAUGUCGACCUAUUUCUUUAAAUACAUCGGGCAAGAUGAAAUAAUAGGAUUCUUUUUCUUUUGUGGUGUUCCUAUUUCAAAUAAAUUAAACAUUUACACUGGUGGAAUAUAUCCCACAAUUCAGACUUUAAAUAUUUUUAUUAUUAACAACCCAAAUGGUUCGUCGAGAUGUUCUCACAAUGGAUCGCUAUUAACAAUGAGAUGAAAAUAAAAUAAGACCGUAUAACAUAGCCAAGUAUACAGGCCUUGCAAUACCAACUCUACAUUUUAAUCACAACCAAUUCAAACAAGUUCAAUACAAAAAUAAAUCAAUUUUAAAAUUUGUUGUUUAAGUAACUUGCAAAUUUGACAAGUGCUCGACACAUUAUUAGAUCAGAAUUACAACCCUUAUCCGUUGACAUAAGAGUUAGUUUUAUUGAUUCGUGACAAUCGUUUAUAACUGUUUUAAUACAUUCAUAUCAGCUUAAUAUGCUGAUUUACAAGAAACAACGUUUGAACGUUUGUUAAUAUAGUAAUCUUAAAAUGACUAUAUUAUUAUUCAUCACAUAUAAUGCUGCAUUACAUUGUAUUACAAAAAGGAGAGGAUUUUUUUGAGUAAUGGGAUUUACUGGGCCCAGUGCUAACAUUUGUAUCGUGACGACCUCUACGUGGUUAAUUCUUUGUGAAGCCAGUAUUGGCUAACAGGUUCUCCAUCAUC